AUGCACCGUGCAAAGAAAUGCAACGGCGGCCGGUGUCCCCGGCAGGUCGACGGCGUCCUGCUGGACCUGCCCUUCAGCCACGGCGACCUGGUGACGGCCUUCGCCUCGGGGGCGCACGGGGUGCUGCGCACCGCCUUCGACCUCAGCGUCACCUUCGACUGGCAGAGCCACGCCCGGGUGCUGCUGCCGGCCGCCUACGCCGGCGCCGUCUGCGGCCUCUGCGGCGACGCCGACGGCGACGCCGGCGACGACUUCGCCGGCCCCGACGGGCGCCAGGCGCCCGACGCCGACGCCCUGGGCCGCAGCUGGCAGCUGGGCGGGGCGCCGGGCUGCACAUCUGGCUGCGGCGCCGGCGGGUGCCCGGGGUGCUCGGCGGCCGAGCUGCGCCUCUACCGGGGCGACAAGCACUGCGGGGUGCUGGGGCGGGCGGCGGGGCCGCUGGCGGCCUGUUACGCCGUCCUCGACCCGGCGCCCUUCCGCGACGACUGCCUGCACGACGCCUGCCGCCACCGGGGCCACCGCGCCGGCGUCUGCGGAGCCGUGGCCGCCUACGUGGCCGAGUGCCAGCGGCACGGCGUGGCCCUGCGGCCCUGGCGGAGCGCGGCCUUCUGCAGCCCCCAGUGCCCCCCGCACUCCCACUACGAGCUCUGCGGCCCCGGCUGCCCGGCCACGUGCGCCGGACUGAGCCCGGCGCCCGGCUGCGAAGCCGCCCCGUGCGCCGAAGGCUGCGUCUGCGACGCCGGCUACGUCCGCGGCGGCACCGCCUGCGUCCCCCCCGCCCGCUGCGGCUGCCUCCACCGCGGCCGCUACCACGCCGCCGGCUCCGAGUUCGUCCCUUGUCCCCGUUGCACCGAGCGCUGCGUCUGCAACCCCGGCGGCUCCGUCGAGUGCCGGCCCGGCGGCUGCGGCCCGGGCGAGGAAUGCGCCGUGCGCGACGGCCUCCGCGGUUGCUUCCCGGCGGCGUGCCGGCGGUGCGAGUGGCGUGGCGCCGGCGGCCUCCGCGCCUUGGACGGGCGCCGAUCCCGGCUCUCCGACGGCUGCGGGUUCCUGCUGGCCGAGGUGGCGGCGGCCGGGGACGGGGACGGGGACGGGGACGAGGAGGCCUUCGCCGUGCGGGUGGAGAGGGAGCGCGGCGGGCUGCUGAGCCGGGUGCUGGUCACCGCCCUGGGCUACACCGUCGCCAUGAGCCAGGAGGGCGGCUUGGAGGUCACGGUGGACGGCGAGCGGCACCUCCCGCCGCUGGCGCUGGCCCGGGGACGCCUGGGGGUGACGCGGGCGGGAGCCACCGCGCUGCUGCGGGGCCCCGGCGGCCUCCGCCUCCUCUUCGUCCCCGGCGCCUCUUACGCCCUGCUGACGCUGCCGGUGGCCCGGGCCAGCCGCGUGCGGGGGCUCUGCGGUGACACCGGUGACACCGGCGGUGACAAAGCCACCGACGCCUGGAAAACCCCCGGCGCCGGCGACGGUUGCGGCGACGGUUGCGGUGACGCUUGCACGCGGUGCAACCCCGCGACGCCGAGCGGUUGUAGCCUGAUGGCUGAUGCCGCGGGUCCCUUCGGCGGGUGUCACCGGGUGGUGGCACCUGGGGACUACGUGGCCGGGUGCGCGCGGGAGGCCUGCGGCGCCGGGGACGGCUCCGGGGACGACGCGGGGACGCGGGCGGCCGUGUGCCGGGGGCUGCAGGGCUACGCGGCCGCUUGCCAGGCCGCCGGCGCGGAGCUGCGGGAGUGGCGGGAGGAGGCCGCUUGCCCCCUGCCGUGCCCGGCCCACAGCCACUACGCGCUCUGCAGCCGCUCGUGCGGCACCUCCUGCGCCGGCCUCUCCGCCGCCGACCGCUGCAGCCCCAAGUGCUUCGAGGGCUGCGAGUGCGACGCCGGCUUCCUCGCCAGCGGCGCCCGCUGCGUCCCCGCCGACGCCUGCGGCUGCUGGCACCGCGGCCGCUACUUCGAGAUCGCCACCACGGUGCUCUCGGAGGACUGCACGGAGAGCUGCACGUGCCGGGCGGCGGGCGGCGUCAGCUGCCAGCGCAGGGGCUGCCCCUUCGGCCAGGCCUGCGUCCUGCGCGGCGGCACCCGGGGCUGCGCCGAGCAGCCGGGUCUCUGCGCCCUGGCGCCCGGCAGCCGCUUCGUCACCUUCGACGGCGCCGCGGGCCCCGGCGUCCCCGCCGGCGUCUACGAGGUGGCGGCCGUCUGCGACGGCGCCGGAGCCGCCUGGUUCCGCGUGGUGGUGGCGGUGGGCGAGGACCCCCGGGAGGACCACGCCGCCGUGGCCGCCCUGCACCUCUUCACCCGCGGGCCCUUCGUCACCGUCCGGAGGAGCAAGAAGGUCUGGGUCAAUGGGAUGCCCACGACGGUCCCCGCCAAGGCCUCCGAAACCUUGACCAUCACCGAGUCCCAGAGCGGCGACCUGGUCAUCGAGGAAGCCCCCACCUUCGUCGUCCGCCUCAGCCCCCGCGGCGAGAUGACGGUGGCCGUCCCCACGGAGCUGGGCGGGCGCCUCUGCGGCGCCUGCGGCAACUACAACGGCGACAGCGCCGACGACCUCCGGCUGCCCGGCGAGCGCUGGGUGGACGGCGUGGAGGAGCUCCUCCAGGCCUGGAAGGCGCCCGACCUGUCGCUGGGCCGGAACGGGUAA